CUCGGGCACCGCACCCACAAUCCGUCAGAGCUGCCGCCCAGUGGGCACCGCGGGGAGCCUGGUGCGAAAUUACGCAGGUAGCGGAGUGCCGCCGCCCCUCUGCCUGAUGAGCUGCACCAGAAUGAUCCAGGUUUUAGAUCCACGGCCUUUGACAAGUUCAGUCAUGCCUGUGGAUGUGGCCAUGAGACUCUGCUUGGCUCACUCACCACCUCUGAAGAGUUUCCUGGGCCCUUAUGAUGACUUCCAACGAAGAAAUUUUGUGAACAAAUUAAAGCCUCUGAAGCCAUGUCUCAACAUGAAACAGGAAGCCAAAUCACAGAAUGAUUGGAAGCCUUCGCACAACCAAGCCAAGAAGCGUGUGGUGUUCGCUGACUCCAAGGGCCUCUCCCUCACCGCCAUUCACGUCUUCUCAGACCUCCCGGAAGAGCCAGUGUGGGAUCUCCAGUUUGACCUCUUGGACCUUAAUGAUAUCUCCUCGGGCUUAAAACGCCACGAAGAGAAGAACUUGAUUUUAGAUUUCCCUCAGCCCUCAGCUGAUUACUUGAGUUUUCGAAACCACUUCCAGAAGAACUUUGUCUGCCUGGAGAACUGCUCUUUGCAAGAGCGAAUGGUGACGGGGACUGUGAAGGUGAAAAAUGUGAGCUUUGAGAAGAAGGUUCAGAUCCGGAUCACUUUUGAUACCUGGCAGAACUACACCGACGUGGACUGCGUCUACAUGAAGAACAUGUAUGGUGGCUCGGAGAGUGACACUUUCUCGUUUGCCAUUGACCUACCCGCUGUGAUCCCAACAAAGGAGAAAAUUGAGUUCUGCGUCUCGUACCAUGCCAACGGGCAAGUCUUCUGGGACAAUAAUGAGGGUCAGAAUUACAGAAUUGUCCAUGCACAGUGGAAACCUGACGGAGUGCAGACGCAGAUGGCAUCCCAGGACUCUGCAUACCACCGGGCGCCCCCCAAGGCCGAGUUGGAGUCGCCAGUCUUUGGCAGCCCAAGGCUGGCCAGUGGGCUCUUCCCAGAGUGGCAGAGCUGGGGGAGGGUGGAGAACUUGGCCUCUUAUCGGUGAAUGAAGCAAUCCAGUGACUGGUCUUGACCUUAUUCCCCAUGUACAUCUAGGUCUAUAUUGCUCAAUAUUAGGAAGUUGUUGCUACUUUCUUUCCGUAGGUUUAGGUUUGAGCUUUGGAGACCUGACUACAAAGAAGAUAGCCCCUGGAGAAUUCAGUGUGGGGUCUGGAUCGAUGCUGCUGCCCAGUUUGGCUGUGGAGGCUCCGGUGACAGCCUGCAAACCCAAUUUUUAUAAAAGUAAUACUUUGUCCCUGCCCCUUUCUCCUUCCCUCUCAAUUCACUGGCUUUCACGUUGGGCAAGGCACGGUUGAGGAAGGACAGUGGGUGGUGAUGGAAAGCUGUGUUAAUGGUACGAGGAACGUGUGAAAAGUACACACCAAGGGCUCUGUAGCUCAAGUCAGAGCAGGAGUGGGAGGUCUGAUACUUAACUGUUGGUGAGAAGACGUGCGGUUAUUUUGUGUUUCGAAGUUGGUUUUAUAGGUCUCUGCUGGGGAAAUAAUUUGGAGACGGGAGAAAAAGAUCCAUUCUAUGUAUUCUUGUGGAGAAAAACCCAAAUAAACUUUAGGGUAUUGGGUGGUCUUUGGGAAAGGUGAAUUGUCAUGCCGGAGAAGAAAGGUUUUACGUGAAGCCUUUCUGUUCAAAUGUGACUUCUCAAAAAUCCUGAUUUGGGAAAAGCCUAAGCAAAUUUGGCUUUGCAGUCCUAAUGGGAUACGGAAUAUGUGACCUUGUUUCUGAUCAAGGUGUCGUGCUCGGGUUCUCGGCAUAGAUGCUGCCUGACCAAAAAACCUGCACUAUCAUCAAUGGCCAACAACUUGUAGGAACUCAAUGUUAUGUCAAGGAUCGCGUUUUUGCAAGUGCCUUGAUUAAAUCAGAGUGUUGCAGUUGCUUAACCCAAGCAUCUGAAAGGUCAUUUGGUAACUCAUGAGGGUUUGGCCCCAUAAGGAGGCCCACUCUGUAUGCUGGCGUUCCUCCUGCAACACCGUUGUAUUGUCAGGAGUGUUGUCAGUGUACACAACUCGCAUCCUUCAUAUUGAAGGUGACUCAUUUUGUUGCCACACUUUUUCGAUGUGAUGGUGGAAGUGAGGACUGACACCGAUUCUCAAUUCAAGAAUCCAGUACCUUGCACAUAAAAGCAACCAUUUCUGUUUCUUUCUCUAUUCUUGUUAUUUUGUCUUUCUACCAGUUUCUUUGAAGGCAACUAUUUUUUUUUUAAAUGGAUGUAAAUUGUUUUGGGUAUGUUGUAAUAUACUUGUUUUGGAGUGUGCAUAAAUCCAUUCUGUAAGAUCUUAAGAACAGGAGCCUCUGAAUGUUUGCUUCUAUCAUUGUGCACGUUCAUUGAGAAUGCAGGUAAUUUUAACACGUGUAAUCUGCCAUGGUGGAAAAAUAGGAUUGGCAUAUGACAGCAUUUGAGAUUUGGCUACCACCCACAGUUUUCUACUCUAAAUAUUUCACUCUCCUAUAGCUAUCCUUUGUGAACUUCUCACUUUAAGAAUAAAAGUGUUUGAUAUAAAAUCUGA